CCUCUUUCCUCCACUCACUGUGGACUAUUAUGGGUAGUCCCUUUCGUUUUCAUUCAGUCAUUUUCUCUGAGCAUAUUUUUCCUGUCAAUACGUGAUUGUAAUUUAAACAGAUGAAGAAUCAAAACAGGAGGAGAGCGAAAUCAUGCCAACCUGCUGCAGCAGUCAAGCAGGGCCAUGAACUAGAUACAAGAAGGCGUGGAACAGGUAUAAAGAGACAACUAUGUUAGCUCAUGUUCAGACCUGACGCAGCUGCUUUCCCUCUACGGCAUAAGACAUCUCCAAGAUGGCGUAUUCCACUGGCACUCUCGCACAGGGCUGCUUUGGGAAGGUGUACAAGGAGAAGUACAAUGACACUUGGGCUGCUGUGAAGAAGGUCCCCCACCACCUCAUCAAUAGAAAGGAUCUAGAGAGAGAGUGUGAAGUGUACAACAAGGCGAAUCAUCCUAACAUAGUGAAGCUUCUGGGAAACAUAACUCUGAGAGACAGCAAAUGGAUCAUCCCUCUAGAGUUUAUCUUCGGAGAGGACUUAGAGACCACCAUCUUCAAAGCAUCAAAGUCUAAAAUACAGUUGACCCCAGCUAAUAAAGGAACCAUCAUAAUCGGUAUGUGUGAAGGGCUGCUCCACCUCCAUUCCAAAGAUAUUGUCCAUCAAGACCUCAAGCCUGAAAACAUCAUGGUGGAACAUAACACAAACAGAGCGGUGAUCAUUGACCUGGGACUGGCCAAGUUCUUCCGACACGGUCUCAACUCUGCAAUGGACAUGGGGAAUGAGGCCUACUCAGCCCCUGAGGUGCUGCAGAGGUGCAGUCAGCGGGACCAGCGCUCAGACGUGUGGGCCAUGGGCAAGAUCAUCGCUGAGCUCUGUGCCCGGAUUCGGCUGUACACACCAAGCGUCUGUCCCGCCAAGAUCAAGGAGACCCUGCAGGAUCAACCGUACUGCAAGGCUGUGUGUAGGAUGGUGGAGCCUGACCCUUCUUUGAGGGCUACCAUGGGGGGGGUCAUUAGUGAAAUACGAAGGGCUGGAGGUGCAGGCAUUGUCAUCAAUACACCCGUUCAAAAAGAGCACCUUAAGGCACCUUCACCUAAUGUAAACCGGUCUCCAUCUCCACUGAGGAGGGACCCAUCACCACUAAACAGAACUCCAUCACCAUUCAACAGGGAUCCAUCACCAUUAAACAGAGCUCCGUCACCGUUCAAUAGGGAUCCAUCACCACUAAACAGAGUUCCAUCACCAUUCAACAGGGAUCCAUCACCAUUAAACAAGGUCCCUUCGCCAUUUAACAGAGAUCCAUUACCCCUGAAAAUGUCUCCAUCCCCGCUACAUUUUGAGCGAUCACCAAGACCAGACUACAGAGCACUGUAUCAAGACAAGAACAAAAACCAGGCUCUGGUCCCAGCGGGUGGAGCUGACCUCACGCAGGACUUCAUGAAAAUGAAGCUGUACCAAGAGGCUGCUAAGGAUCUGCCCUGCAACCUGCCCACAACAGGGAGGGUGGUGGUGCGUCGCUUUGAGGAGAAAAAUGGGGAGGUGGAGACAUGGGAGCAGAAGGAGGUGGUGACACGUGACGGAAAGAUAGUCAAGUUUGACGAUGUCAAGUUUAAUAGCAAAUAAUAAUAAGAGUUUAAGGAUUUGUUGUGCCUCCUCAAAAACUGAUUGCAUGUGCUGGGUCGAAUGGUUCGUUCAGGGUCACCUUACUGUUGGUAUGUUCUUAGGAGAGCAUGUAAAAAUGCAUUUCUACUGAGUUAAGAGUAAACUCAGAUAACGCUGUCAUAGGUACCUGUUUCUGGCACAGAUAAACUAGACUCAAAAACUGUUGCAAACUUAAAAAAUGAUUAUUGAUUGAUUCAUUGCAGCAGUUUGAAGCUGUAAUAAUAGAACACCUUGAUAUAGUUGGUUAGUUGUGCUUGAACAUGAUAUUCAGUCAUGUUAGGAAUUUGACUGAGCUAUAUCUGCAGGCAUGAACAACCAUUUGUGAAUGUUUUUCAGCAUGUGAGUGUAUAACACUGUGAAUUGGCUCCUACAUCAUGUGUAUAUUAUGUUUAUAAAUAAAACUGAAACAUUUGUUACAACUGCA